AUGUCGCAUCGGAAAAGCUUGAAAUUGCAUGAGAUAGAAGAUGAAUUGGAACAAUGGGAUGAUGCUCAGGAUGUUUACAUUGAGCCACCGGAGGUUGCAGAAUACACCGACGAGGAUUCAGCGGAUGAGGAUUCUGGUGGAUUCAUUGACAACUUGACUGGAAGACAACUCUUGGCUACUGCUGAAAUCGUCACGCGGAGAACGUCUUUUGAGGAAACCGAAGAUGAGGUUACAGCUCAUGGUCCAGCUAAAAAGCGUAAAGUCAGCUAUAAAUGGAAGAAAGCUGACUUGCCAGAUUUACCCUCCACCGAAUUCGAAACGACAAUUUCUCAGGACUACGAAGGCAAGACUUGUACGGAUAUGUUUGAAUUAUUUUUUGAUGAGGGCGUUUGUCAGUUUCUAAUUGACCAGACCACUAAGUACGCAUUAUUUUUGAACUGCCCAGAUCCCCGUAUAAACAUAGCGGAACUUAAAUGUUUUUUUGCCAUUUUGAUUGUCUCGGGUUAUAACAAGUUACCAAGUAAAAAAUCGUACUGGGAAACUGGCGAUGAUAUGCGAAAUUCUUUGGUAUCUAAUGCUAUGCGGCGAGAUAAGUUUAUACAAAUCAUGCGAUUUGUUCAUGCGAGUGAUAAUACUCAAUUGAACAAGAACGAUAGAAUGAGUAAAUUACGACCGUUGAUGAACGUUUUAAAAAAUAAGUUUCUUGAGCACAUUCCAAUCGAACAAGAUCUAAACUACGACGAAAGCAUGAUUGAAUAUUACGGAAGACAUGGAUGUAAGCAAUGUAUUCGGAAUAAGCCUAUUCGUUUCGGAUAUAAAGCUUGGUGCCUAAAUUCUGUCAGUGGAUAUUUAGCUAAUUUUGAGGUGUAUCAAGGUUCGAUUCCAGGCUCUAAUUUGGAACAUGAGCAGAAAUUCGGUAAAGCGACAGCUCCAAUGCUAACUAUGAUAAACGAGUUACCUCUAGCUAUGCGGACACAAAAGCUGCGGUUUUAUUUUGAUAAUCUUUUCACAGGUAUUCCACUAUUGAUGCACUUGAAAAAGAUGGGUUAUGGUGGUACUGGUACUCUUCGCCAAAACCGAUUACCUAAAGAAUGUCCGAUUGCUAAAGUUGAAACCAUGAAGAAGAGAGAAAGAGGUUCGUAUGAAUAUGCUAGUCAAGGCGACGUCGUUGUAGCCCGCUGGAUGGAUAACUCUGUUGUGACAGUCGCCUCCACCGAUCAUAAAGUACACCCGCUUGGUACAGCAUCUCGAUACUCGAAGGCUUUUCACGCCCAGGUACAUCAAGGAGCUGCACCUGGAAAAAAUAUCAAAAGUGUACAACCCAAGAACCCCAAUACGCAACCCUAUUUCCUCUUCUUUGGCAACCAUACGCUCGCGCAUCGCAUGCCACAAGACGUUUAUGCCACAAAUCCACAGCAGCAGUUUGAUGUUAUUUCGCACUUUGCCCAGCACAAUAAAAAUAAUAGCAGCAAAGAUGAGCGUACAACAAUAGCAAACAGCAGCCACUGCGCCGUCGGUGGCAAUAAAUGCCUGUCGCACUGUACAAUCGCUUAA